UGUGAGUUUUCAUUUCGUUUUUUUGCAUUGCCAGCAGCAGACAUGGAAGAUGGAACCAAAGCCAUCUUCUCCGUUCUUGAUGAUGCUAAAACCCAACGCUGCCAUUACAAGGUUAUGGUGAUUGCUGGUAUGGGAUUCUUUACGGAUGCCUAUGAUAUUUUUUGUAUCACUGCUGUUACCAAGCUCAUCGGCCGGUUGUACUACUACGAUCAUACAGUAGCGGCACCUGGUAAACUGCCAUCCAACAUAAAUAAUGCAAUCACCGGUGCUGCGCUAUGCGGAACUUUAGUCGGCCAACUUUUUUUCGGGUGGCUCGGGGAUAAGCUUGGCAGAAGGAAAGUUUAUGGUAUGAUUUUAAUUAUCAUGGUAGUUUUUUCACUGGCUUCUGGUGUAGCUUUUGGGUCUGCUAAAAGUGUAGUAGCUUUUCUCUGCUGCUCUCGGUUCUUUCUCGGUGUCGGAAUCGGAGGAGACUAUCCGCUCUCCGCGGUAAUCAUGUCGGAAUACGCGAAUCAGAGAACACGAGGGGCUUUUAUUGCUGCUGUAUUUGCGAUGCAAGGAAUUGGAAUAUUAUUUGCAGGAGGUGUAUCUACAAUUGUGUCCAAGAUAUUCAUGGAUGCUUAUAAGGCUCCAAUAUUUAGUGAAAAUCCAAUCUUGUCUACUCAGCCACAAGCGAAUCUCGCCUGGCGGAUCGUUCUUAUGCUCGGUGCUGUUCCGGCGGCUCUUACAUAUUACCUGAGAAUGAAAAUGCCGGAAACCGCUAGAUACACAGUGUUGGUUGAGGGAAACCCUAGAAAAGCUGUUGAAGAUAUGGCUCGAGUUCUCGAACAUGACGAAGCAGCGGAUAUGGCGAAAUUGCUUAAUGGUAACAUUCAAACGGCAAGUUCCAUUAUUUCAUACAAAUUCUUCUCUGCUAAAUUCUUUCGGAGGCAUGGGAUUCAUCUCUUAGGCACAACUAUUACCUGGUUCUUAUUAGAUAUAGUUUUCUACACUCUGCAGUUGACUCAGAACGAUAUUUCUCUAGCAACUGGACUGUUGAAAAAGAGUUCCACCAUGAAUGCAUUACAGGAGAUGAACCAUAUCUCUAAAGCGAUGACGAUCAUCGCACUUUUUGCAACUAUUCCUGGUUAUUUGUUCACUAUCUUUCUCGUUGAUCGAAUCGGACGUUACGUAAUUCAAAUCGGCGGGUUUCUCCUGAUGACUAUUUUCAUGGCAAUUCUUGGAAUUCAGUAUGGAAAUCUCAGAGGAGAGGAAUCAAAUUGCGGGUCAGAUUCUGAGAAAGAUUUUUGCAACGGAAAACCCAUUUUGUUUGUGUUACUUUUCGGGCUAACGCUAUUUUUCGCCAACUUUGGACCAAAUACGACAACUUUCAUAGUCCCGGCCGAGCUUUUUCCGGCGAGAUUUCGGUGUACCUGCCAUGGUAUUUCAGCUGCCGGAGGGAAACUUGGAGCUAUAAUAGCUGCAUUCGUUGUUCAGAGCUAUACGAUUGAUGGGAAUUCGGAGAAAAUCAAGAAGGCAAUCAUUGGACUUGCUGUAGUAAAUUUGAUAGGGUUUUUCUUUUCUUUUUUUGUGCCGGAAACUAAAGGCAAGUCGCUUGAGGAAAUCUCUAGAGAAGAUAACGAUCUUGCAAUUUCUAGGCGAGCGCAUAGCUUUACUUAGUAAUAUGAUAUUUGUAUUAAUAGAUUUAAA